AUGCUCGACGCCGACUCCGUUUUUGAGCGUCUCCUAAGGGAGGCGACAAAUUUAGUGCCAAAAAUGAGCACACCAAAAUUGUCGGCUGCUUUAAAGGUAUCCUCCACUUUACAACAACGUAUAACUGAUACGCUCUCUACUCGAUUACGACAGGAGGAAGGUAUUGUUUCGGGUGUCCAAGCGAAAGCUUUUGGUGUGCAAGGUGUCCAGUCCAUAGUGAGAACUCCCAUGCUCUCUGAUGACAUAAUAUCUGAUAACACAUUCCUUGCACCGAAUGAUGCGCAAUUUGCUAAUCGGGCCGUGUCUUCUGCAAAUUACACCGCGAUUCCAUUUUUCCCCCAACUUAACCAGUUCGUUGGUCAACGGACGGCUACUCUGGUGACAAUAACCAACCCCCACAGUGGAGCUACAUCUGGGGCCGUGGUGGGUACUCUAGCACCACCGCCUCCGUCCACCUCCGUCACUUCUGCUUCCACGACACAAUCAGUUAUUGUCCCCCUACAAACUCCUGCCCAGCCACCCGAAAACCCUGUUCUACAGUCACCACCGCCCUCGACAACCGAUGGCUCAUGUGGCCUCACUUCUGCUGCUGGCGGUACCGAUGGCUGUCCCUCCCCCAUGAUCGCCACGGCCGUUUCAGGCAUCGUCACCUCCGUUGCACCCGCCUGUGCUCCUAAUGGACACAUUCUUACUGCUGCAGGCCUCGAGUGUGUUGACUUGAAGCCUGAUCCAACAGCGUGUUUGUCUCGAUUAGCCACUGGCGAGACUUCUCUCUUCACAUCCACCACAGAAUAUGCCGGUACCACAAUCACGACAAAUUCGCCCCUCAACUUCCUCCAAGCCUCGACCCCCGUCGACACCCUCCCCUCCUCUCCCCCCAUCUCCACGGCGCCCUCAACAGACGGUGUCACCAUCGCCGCCUCGCCAACAAGUACUGUCGUGGCACCUACAACGACAACGGUGGUUGUCAUGACGUCGGCCUCAGUGAAUCAGGGCAGUGUAAACUGUGCGGGAAGUGCCCCAGCAAUAAAGGUCGGUGGUUGUGGCGGCAGCAGUGCCGGUGGCCCCUAUCGAUGCAUGCACUGUGGCAAGGAGUUCCGGGUGUUGCGUUACCUUGAGAAGCAUAAAAGGAUUCACACGGGCGAGAAACCUUACCAAUGCUGUUAUUGCGGCAGACAAUUCAAUGAUUGGCCGAAUAUGAAUCGACACAAACGGAUACACACCGGUGAACGUCCCUACCGAUGUUCGGUGUGCACGAAAACCUUCUCCCAACCGGCCGUGUACAACGAGCACAUAAAGCGGCACACGGGCGAGCGACCCUACGUCUGCACGGUGUGCGCGAAGGGCUUCCCACGAGCGGCCCGCCUCGCGGUUCACAUGCGGGUGCACACCGGUGAGAGGCCCUACCGCUGCCACGUCUGCGAUCGACGCUUCAGUCAACCCCACCAUCUGUCUACUCACGUCCGGAUUCACUCAGGCGACAGACCAUUUCGGUUCACGAUACGCGACAACAACGUUGGUAAUUCCUCCAACUUGCGGCGUCAUCGAAAGCAGGCCCAUUCUGCAGAGAACCCCGCCUCGUCCAACGUCCAGCCAAAGGCACUCACGAACGUUGCUGUUAAUAGGGAGUCAGCAGCAACGUCAGAUGUCGCUGCAGCCCAGAGGCGGAUUGUUGCUGCGGACGGAAGCGGCACACAAACGGACAGCACUUGCCCUGCCGGAACGCCUAUUCGAAAGGUGCAAGUGGAAUCAGCUCAGCACCCAGCAGCAAAUGAUUCUCGUCUGUCACGAGAUGGUGACCCGCAGUCAGAGACGUGUUCUCCAGUGGACACAUCAGCGACCGGCAUUGUUGAAGGCGCAGCGUCCUCGUUGGUCGACAGGAAAGGAGUGAGUCUUAGCUCUUCAUCGCCCCUCUCCUCUUCCACGGCUGCCUCAGCAGCGUCUUCAGCCCCUUCGGAGACGCUCAACUCUCAGGCACAGCAUCUGUCUGCUGUUGCUGCUGCAACCAGUUCGGAGAACUUUUGUUCUCAACCCCAACCGCCACCUUCCAUUUUUGAUGCCAAUGGCACAAUUUACAUUAGCACGAUGGAUGGUGCCAAUGCCUCCGGGACCGUCAGCACAGCCCUGGUGCCGGCCACCUCGACAAUCACCUCCACCCUUCCACAGAUCCAAAUUCACCACCAGCAGCCAACGGCCUUUGCCACCGCAACAUUUGCUGACCCUCACCACCUACAGCCACAACCCAUCCAGAUCUGCUACUCCACCGCCGUUCCCGGUGCCGGAGACUCUCCGACAAUUAUUUUGCCCUCCAAAACGCAGAUGUUUGGACCCAUGCUAGUGCCUAUAGGAUCCACAGGCCCUCCCACACCGGCCUUUCCCUAUUCAGCAAACGGCCCGACUGCCUUCCAGGCGCGAACACUCCCACCUCCUGCACCCCAACCGUCCCUGCAGUCAAGCGCAACCCAAUCAGAGGCCACGCCACGUCCCACUGCCGGCGGCAGUGAAGCACCCAUUCCUGCCAAUGUGUAG